AUGGCCUGUAAUAAUUCAUCAAUGUAUACAAAUUCAAAUGUCAUUCAACAUUUUAAAACGGUAGCUAAGGAAAUCAAAGAAGAUGCUAAAAUGACAGUUGCUAAUGAAAUUAAUGAAACAUCCAAAACCACAGUUGCCAGAGAAAUUACUGAAGAUUCCAAAACAACAGUAGCUAAUGAAAUUAAAGAACAAACUAAUACUACAGUAGCAACUGAAAUUAGUGGGAGACCAAAUGCUACUUUUUCUAAGCUAUCAUCUCAUAAUCAAACAAAAACUGUAGCUGAAGAAAUUAGUGGCAUAUCAAACUUAAAUAUUAAAGUUAAAAGUCAAAAUAAAACCUUAACACCAAAAAAAGCUGAUACAAGAUUCCAGCCAAAGAAAUUCUUUUUCAAUUUGAGAAAUAUUAUGUAA